CCACCGUCAAGUUCUGACGCACCCUAGGGUUAACUUGGACGGGGGUAUAAUCAGAAAACAAGCACCCAGAUAUGCCCCCAGGACGGAUUCUCCGUGUAGGAUAUUUCCGGUCUUUUUUCCAUCGAAGUGCUCCAGCUCCCGUCCUGCCGCUUACUGGAAGAAGCGUGUCCCCAUCUUCCGCGCUCUCCCGACGUUUAACUAUACCCCAUACCGCACGCAUACGAAACCCCUUGACUAUCCGUUCAUUCACAUAUUCACCUGAACCUCGCGAGGAAACCGUAUCAUUAACACAACGUCUGAAAAUUCUCAUCAAGACUCACGGAUGGUACGCCUUGGGCGUUUACACCGUUCUCACCGCAUUAGACUUUACCCUAUGUUUCGCUGUCAUCUAUUUCCUUGGAGCGGAACAAGUCAACCGCCUCGUUCAGCCGAUACGAACGUUCAUCAACGAGAUUUUGCACCGUCAGACGGACCCCCUUGAACCAACGGAUUCGGUUGGCACAUCGCCGAAUGGCUCUGGUUCUGAUGGAUUGUAUGCAAUAGCUAUAUUGGCUUAUGGGAUUCAUAAGACACUAUUGCUCCCUGUUCGAGUCGGUCUUACGGCUGCACUCACUCCAAAGCUUGUUAGCUUUCUGACGGCCCGGGGGUGGGUAGGGAAGGGAGGUGCUACGCGAGCUGCUAUCCACGUCAGGGAAAGAGUCAAGGCUGGUGUUAAACGCGACAAGUAGAAGCCUUCACUACGGAAAAGCUCAGGAAACCAUUUUAUACCUGCGCAAUAUUUGGUGUCGAGUUGGGUGUAUCAUCGACAACUAUCAUACAUCAAUCACCGCUAGUAUACACAUUUGCU